GCUUAACCAAUAGUUUUAGCCUUUUUUUUUCUUCUUUUUUUUUUUUUUGCAACUAUGAAGCCGAUCUUAGCGAUAAUGUCCAAUUUUGUGUAAAAACCAGUUGUGAGCAAUCCAUGACCGUGAAGGUGCAAGGCGACAUCUAACGAUGGAGUCCAAGAGCGACGCCUUCGAAGACGACCCGGAUGACAAUCGGAGCCGAGGAUCCUUCAGCAGCCGGAGGAGUCGAGCCCCCUCCGGUAAAAAGCUCAAGCACUACAAGAACUUCCGGGAGCGGACCCGGGAUGAAAAAGCAACUUCCAAAGCGGAAACGUACCCCUCCGAUCCUGAGCCAGCGUCGGACGGCGAGGGGCGCCGCAGCAAGGCCACGUCUUACUCGGACGAAUACGAGUCGGAGCGCUCGCUGUCGCCGUGCGAGCGGGAUCAGACGCUGUCGCCGCCGCCAACGCCGCCGCUUCCGCCAACGCGUGCCAAUCUCAUUUCCAGCAGCUCGCCCUACAACACAGGUAUGGAGAGGCGAGUCCGGGCCCGCCCGCCGCCGCGUCCGGGGCGGAGCCGGGCGUCGCGCUCCCUCAGCAAAGAGUCCCUCCCUCCCAAAGACUUGGACCCCCUGACCAGGCAAAUGCUGUCGGGCCGUCUGCUGAAAAUCAACGAGUUGCGCAACGUGCACGGCGAGCUGCAGCUGCGCAUCGCCGAGUUGCAGAAGGAGAACCGCAUCCUUAAGCAGCUUCAUACGCGUCAGGAGAAGGCGCUGCGGAACUACACGGACGCCGAGAGCAAGAUCUCCCAGAUGCUGUCGUGCCACGCCGGCGAGACGCACGUGCUGCGCGAGCGACUGCGGCGCACGCGGGAGCGCGAGCGCGCCGCCGAGCGCCGCCUGAAGGAGAAGGAGGAGCAGCUGCUGAGGAGCCACGCCACCGUGGGACGCAUGAAGAAGCUGGUGGAGCAGCGCGAGCUGGGCGCCCGCGAGGAGCUCAGCUGCAAGCUGGAGCAGGAGAGGGCACGCACGCACGAGGCCGAGCUAAAAACCAAGGAGCUGGAGAGGAACAUGGAGCUGAGCAACGGCAGCCACCUGAGGCAGCUGGCUGCCGAGAGGAAGAAGACGCUGUGCGCGCAGGAAGAGAUCAAGAAUCUGCAAAAGGAGCUGGAGCAACUCGCCAGUAGACUCAGGGAAAAGGAACGAGAAUUAGAGAUCCGCAACAUUUACGCUCACCGCAUCGGGAAAGUCUCCCCGAGGAAGGCCGCCGACGGCGAGUCGAAGCUCAAAGGUGAGGCGGAGGCGGCGUUCCACAAGGCGCACAGACAGUGCAAGGCGGUGCAGACGUGCAGCAGCAGCAGCCCCGAAUUUCCCUCGCCGCCGCCGCCCGCCGUGGCAGAGUACAGCGAUCCGGCCCCUGACGGAUACCUGUCACUCAAGCAGGUGGAGGCGGUGGACGGUGGACCCGAAGCAAAGCAGGAGCAGCAGAGGAAGACCAGCCACGACAGAAGAACCUCAAGGGACGAGAAGGAGACGGACCAUCAACAGAACGCUCAGGAUGUCCGUGAGGUGAAGGCCAUCACGUUCACAGAUGACUGGGUCAAAGAGAAGGAGGAUGACGAGGCGGGCAGCUUCUUGAGGAAUCCACACAAGAGCGUCCACGUCCAGGAGGAGGCGGCGGAGCUGUGGGGGAACCACCACCAGGUGGACGCCAGCGAGGCGCGUCGUAGGAAAGACCAGCUGCUGGCCAAGAUGCGAGAAAUCGACCUCCAGAACAAGGACAAGCGGAAGCCCGCCAAUGUCGACUCGUCCGAGUCCAACGCGGCCACCGCGGAGACGCCGUCGUCGGGCCGGCGGCGAAGCCUUUGCUCAAUCCGAUCCGACGAGGACUUGGUCUUCGGAAGCUGCGUGGCCUCGUUGGGGGGGAAGCCCCGCCAAAACGCUGCCAGGGACAACGGAGACCACGCUCUGGAGGCCAUCGGCAUCUUCAGCCUCAAGGGGACGGAGGAGAAGAGCAAGAAGUCGGCGCUCAUGCAGCAGCUGUUCGGCUCACUGGCGGCGCCGUCGGGCGACGGCCGGACGGCGGAGCUGCUGGAUGACAUGACGGGCGGCGGCGCCGCUCGGGGAGGUUCGCGGGCGACGGGGCGUCUCGGCUUCGGGGCGACGCCUGCCUCCACGAGCGCUCGGCACGUGGUCGACAGCCGUCCCGCCGUCCGCGUCAUCCCCUCCUUUGACGACGACAUCGAGGAGCUCACCUUGUAGCUUGACAUUGGACGUUAGCUGAUCUGAGCAUCACUCCGACUGCUUGUUUUUGUUUGCACUUGUGUUUUUUUUAGCAGUAGUUGCACUUGACAUUUGCUUUUGUCACGUUUUCAAUUCUUUCCAAUUGUCUCAUUUGUUUGGGCUAGUAGCACUUUGAUCAUUUAUUGCACUUGUCACAAGGACCAAGUGUGUGUUUUGCUAUUUAAUGUGACAUUUACUAUUUCUACUUCCCGAUUAAAUAUACAUGCUGUCAAA